AUGAGCUCGGUUGGCACCCGUUCCGGCUCCAAUCGUGACUCCACGUCCAGUCCCGUUAUCGGCGAGCAACCCAUCGCCCAUCCGCCAGCCACACCAACAACCGGCCCAGCCAUGACACCGGCCCCCGCGAGCACGUAUCUGGUACACGAUGGCUCGGGAGGGCCAGAUUUGAUCACCUUGCUCAGCGUCACGCAAAGCAACCGCCUCAAUGACCAGCGCAGUCGCGCCACCCCACCCAUCAACCUCACACUGACUCCAACAGAUAUCGGUUGGUGCAUCAAUCGCCAACAGCUGUUCAGACCCCCACGUCAAAGGAUUCCGCGCAUCUUUCCCAUGGGCAACAUUGGCAAUGGUUUGCAAAGCGCCGAUCCCGGUGCCCGUUUCUUCCGCGAUCAGUUUUUAGGCCAGGACCAUAUCACCUAUCUCGGACGAACUGAGUCGCUGGGCGCAAUUGCCGUGUCCCUGCGGCGAGAAGCGGUUGCCAUCCUCGAGUCGGAGGAGUCGGGUCAACUCACGCGCUUGCGCCGUACCGUCCACUAUCGAGCCAUCGUCCGAACAACCAAGAACGGAGUGACGCGACUCUUAAUUCCAGAGUCAGAGAUCUUGCCCUCGAAUAGCCUGAAUGAACUGGACACAGACCGCUUCGAGAGCAAAGCCACCCCCAACACCAAGAGCAACCAGCCACACAAGUACAAGUUUGGUGUUCUUUACCAAGCCAAGGAUCAGAGUACAGAGGCUCACAUGUAUAACAACCGCGGGGGCAGCGAUGCCUACGAAAGCUUUUUGCGCACUAUAGCCCACCGCGUUACUCUUCGUGGCUUCACCGGUUUUGCUGGCGGCCUCGACGUGGCUGGUGCGCAUCGUCGCAUGCCUGCAUGGUGCUUGCAAGAUUCUUGGCGACCAACUUUUUUGCUGGCUCUUUUUCAGCCUCAUGGCUGCUGCUUCCUUCUGCCUCCUGUGACGACAGAGAACCAAACGGGCACAAAGACGUUUUAUACGCCUUUUCAGGGAUGUGAGGUCAUGUUACACGUGGCAACUGAGUUGCCGUUUUCUGAGGAUGAUGAGCAGCAGGUGCUUCGCAAGCGACACAUUGGUACGGUGUCUACUUCGCCAUGCCCUUGUCUAUGCGUCUUAUUGCUCGCUGAUCCGACUCAACGCAAUAUUUGCUGGGUGCGGCGCGUACUAGGAAACGACAUUGUCACCGUUGUCUUCCAGGAAGAGGAUGCCGCGCCAUUUGACCCCGCGUCCUUCUCCUCGCACUAUCAGCACGUGUUCAUCCUCGUUCGCGUGAAAAAUGCCAACACGCCUGAGAUGCGGUAUCACAUUGCAGUGGUACGAAAAGGGGAUGUAUGCACAGUGCUGCCUGAUUUGCCGCCAGAUGCCACCUUUGACAUGGAGGCCAUUGCCAGCGGCGAGUUCAAACAGUUUUUGUUACGUAAAGCCAUCAACAUGGAGCGGGCUUGCUACGUGGCCGGCCAAUUUCUCAAGCUUGCUAGCCGCACUCGUUCGAUGAUGCUGGACAACCUCGUGCAACAGUACAGCAGUGAACUUGUUGUGGCCUCGUUUGUGCGCAAAGGCUCGCUAGCCAAGCUCAUGUCCAUGGGCCGACGAAAGCCAGAGGGCUUUUACCUGCAAUAUAUUGGAGACAAUCCGCUCUUCACGCUCAAAAUACGAGAUGAGAACACGAAAUUGCAGGAGCCCACUUCGAGCUGGCUCGCGUUUUUGCCCACGAUGAUCUUGGUCGUGCGCGAGAGCACCCAGGCCAUGAUCCAUCAAAUCCCUUACGACACUGUAAUUGGCUGGUCUCGGUUGCAAGACGGUCUUCGCCUGUGGUACAAUCGGAACGAGUCGGCAUCGGAUAUCUUGUGUGAAGGCAGCGAUUAUGAAACCAUCGUAGCCACGCUCAAGGGGCGAAGCGGGGGCACGGCAAUUAUCAGUGUGAUGCUGACGCGUGACCAUGGACUGCAGCCAUGGGGCUUUGAACUUUUGGACAAGAAAAUUGUGACAGUGGCGCCCAAUUCACCGGCUGCAUUGGCAGGGCUCCGCACGGGCCAGAGCAUCUUCCGCCUCAACGAUUUCAGCCCGCUGAGUAUCCCAUCUGAGCGUUUGGCCCGUGUGGCAGACUUUCAUUCGCGGCAACUCCACGUCUUACUCUUUGGCGGCCCGGAGGACAAGGACACUGUGAUGCGUCAGUACGAGCCGCAGGAGGAAACGGCUGCAGAGCGCCUCCCGAGUGUGUUGAAGCAGCUGGAACGCACGCCUCGCGCUGGCCGCGGGGUGCGGCCGAGCACUGACAGUAUUGGCUCCUCGCCGCAAGCUUUUGCCGUGUACCCUCGAACAGAAGGUGCUGUGCCUGCGCGUGUCCCGGGAAAGGCCCGUAUGUGGUCCUCGGAUGCCUUGCUCAGCGCUAUAUCAGAUGCCUCCAAUUACGUGGAGCAACGAAGCACGCCUGUUCGGUUGCAGCGAGGCUCGAGCCACGGUGAUAGCCUCUCGGCGCGCUCCGUAGAUGAGGUCCCACAAAGCCCGAAUGACACCAUGGUUGAGGUGGAGGCUAGCCAGGACAUGCAGCUCAAGUUGAAUGGCAUGCAGACUCUUCUGGAACAGAUGAAAAUGCGCUACCAGAUUCUGUUGCAGCGUCACGAUGCAGUAGUGCACGAGAACGUGCAGCUGCGUCAGCAGUUGCAGACUGUACUGCAGUCGGAACCUGCACUAUCGCGAGGUGAUUCGCGUUCCAGCAUAAACUCGCCCCUGCGGCCGCGCACGCGCACCCCAUCUGUCUCAGGCAGUCCGGGGGCCUUGGCCAACUCCACGUCACAACACAGCCUGCAGCGCAUGCUGUUGGAACAGCAGCACAACAGCUCAACGCGCAUGAAAUUAGACAGCAUGUUCUCAACCAGCGUAUAG